GCACGCGCCCCCUCAGGCCCGCCCUCGCGCCCCGCGCACGCGCCCCCUCAGCCAAUCGCGCGGCGCAGGAUGGUGCUGAGGCGGCUGCUGGCGUUGCUGCUGAGCGACCCACGCGUGGUCGAGCGCCUCUCCGAGACGCGGCCGAUCCGCGCCGCCGCCCGCCUCACCGCCGCCGCCCUCACCCGCGGACAGCUCGGAGCCCGCCAGGCCGCCCGGGGCCUGGCUCCCCGCCUGCUCCGCCUACGCGACGCCUUCCUCGGGGCCGGCGGGCGGGGGCGGCCCUGGCAGCGCGGGCCGGGCCGCGGCGGCCGCCCCGGAGCAACGCCCUGAGACCACAGACACAGCGGGACGGGCACCGUGGAGGAGGAGGAGCCGCCCUGCAGCCCAGCACCGACUGCGACGCCGCUCCCGGGGCCACGGACACCGCUUCGGCGGCUCCUGAUGGCACAGACUCGCCUUAAACACCGCGGACUGAAACCAGGCUGACGCGCCUGCCGAGAAGCUUGAAAUAAAACCGCGUU